AUGUCCCCGACGGACCCGCGUCCCGGGAGGGGCUGGGCGGGCCGCUGGCUGUGUGGAGCCCGAUGCUGGCCGCUGCUCCUGCCCCUGUGGCUGCUGCUGACCUCCCCCCUGCCCUCCGCCCGCUCGGCCAGCCCCCUCCCCCGGGAGGAGGAGAUUGUGUUUCCAGAGAAGCUCAACGGCAGCGUCCUGCCUGGCACGGGCGUCCCUGCCAGGCUGCGGUACCGCCUGCCAGCCUUCGGGGAGAUGCUGCUGCUGGAGCUGGAGCAGGACCCCGGCGUGCAGGUCGAGGGGCUGACCGUGCAGUACCUGGGCCAGGCGCCCGCGCUGCUGGGCGGGGCGGAGCCGGGCACCUACCUCACCGGCACCAUCAACGGAGACCCGGAGUCGGUGGCAUCUCUGCACUGGGACGGGGGGGCCCUCCUGGGCGUGCUGCAGUAUCAGGGCACCGAACUCCACCUCCAGCCCCUGGAAGGAGGCACCCCUAACUCGGCCGGGGGGCCUGGGGCUCACAUCCUACGCCGGAAGAGCCCCACCAGCGCGCAGGGCCCCAUGUGCAGCGUCAAGGCUCCUCCGGGGAACCCCAGGCCCGCCCCCCGAAGAGCCAAGCGCUUCGCCUCCCUGAGUAGAUUCGUGGAGACCCUGGUGGUGGCGGACGACACGAUGGCAGCGUUCCACGGUGCCGGGCUGAAGCGCUACCUGCUCACGGUCAUGGCAGCCGCGGCCAAGGCCUUCAGGCACCCGAGCCUCCGCAACCCCGUCAGCCUGGUGGUGACAAGGCUGGUGAUCCUGGGGCCCGGCGAGGAGGGGCCCCAGGUGGGGCCCAACGCCGCGCAGACCCUGCACAGCUUCUGCGCCUGGCAGCGCGGCCUCAACAGCCCCGAGGACACGGACCCAGACCACUUUGACACGGCCAUUCUGUUCACCCGGCAGGACCUGUGUGGGGUCUCCACCUGUGACACGCUGGGCAUGGCCGACGUGGGCACCGUGUGCGACCCGGCUCGGAGCUGCGCGGUCGUCGAGGACGACGGGCUCCAGUCGGCCUUCACUGCGGCCCACGAGCUGGGCCACGUCUUCAACAUGCUCCACGACAACUCGAAGCCCUGUGUCGGCGUGAACGGGCCCGGGAGCGCCUCCCGCCACGUCAUGGCUCCUGUGAUGGCUCACGUGGAUCCCGAGGAGCCCUGGUCCCCCUGCAGUGCCCGCUUCAUCACGGACUUCCUGGACAAUGGCUACGGUCACUGUCUCUUAGACAAGCCAGAGGCGCCCCUCCUCCUGCCUGCGACUUUCCCCGGUAAAGACUAUGACGCUGACCGCCAGUGCCAGCUGACCUUCGGGCCUGACUCCCACCACUGCCCGCAGCUGCCGCCGCUCUGCGCCGCCCUCUGGUGCACGGGCCAUCUCAACGGCCACGCCAUGUGCCAGACCAAGCACUCGCCGUGGGCCGACGGCACCCCGUGCGGGCCCUCACGGGCCUGCAUGGGUGGCCGCUGCCUCCACGUGGACCAGCUCCAGGACUUCAAGGUCCCACAGGCUGGCGGCUGGGGCCCCUGGGGACCGUGGGGCGACUGCUCUCGGAGCUGCGGGGGCGGCGUCCAGUUCUCCUCCCGGGACUGCACGCAGCCGGUCCCCCGGAACGGCGGCAAGUACUGCGAGGGCCGCCGCACCCGCUUCCGCUCCUGCAGCACCCAGGACUGCCCGGCGGGCUCAGCGCUGACCUUCCGCGAAGAACAGUGCGCCGCCUACAACCACCGCACCGACCUCUUCAAGGGCUUCCCCGGGCCCAUGGACUGGGUCCCUCGCUACGCGGGCGUGGCCCCCAGGGACCAGUGCAAGCUCACCUGCCAGGCCCGGGCGCUGGGGUACUACUACGUGCUGGAGCCGCGGGUGGUAGACGGGACCCCCUGCUCCCCGGACAGCCCCUCCGUCUGUGUCCAGGGCCGCUGCAUCCAUGCCGGCUGUGACCGCGUCAUCGGCUCCAAGAAGAAGUUCGACAAGUGCAUGGUGUGCGGCGGCGAUGGCUCCAGCUGCAGCAAGCAGUCCGGCUCCUUCCGCAAGCUCAGGUACGGCUACAAUGACGUGGUCACUAUCCCGGCGGGGGCCACCCACAUCCUGGUGCGGCAGCAGGGCGGCCCUGGCGUCCGCAGCCUCUACCUGGCGCUGAAGCUCCCCGACGGCUCCUAUGUCCUCAACGGCGACUACACGCUGACGCCCUCCGCCGCCGACGUGACGCUGCCCGGGGCUGUCCGCCUGCACUACAGCGGGGCCAAGUCGGUCUCCGAGACGCUGUCUGGCCAUGGGCCGCUGACCCGGCCCUUGACGUUGCAGGUCCUGGUGGCCGGCGACCCCGGGGAUGCACGCGUGCGGUACAGCUUCUUCGUGCCGCGGCCCCCGGCCCCCACGCUGCCGCGCCCCACCCCCCGGGACUGGCUGCUCCGCAAGGCGCAGAUCCUGGAGGCCCUGCGGCGGCGCCCCUGGGCCGGCAGGAAAUAG